AAGUGGCGGCUGGCUUGACCGCUUUCGGGAGAAAAAAAUACGUGUGACACUUUUCGAGUCGUAGCCUCUGAAAAAGCGCAUGGACGACCGUGGAAGCAUAAAAUCUAUGGCGUCGAUUCAAUACCAAUAAUCAGCGCGAGCGAUUUUUUUUUUGUUGCGAGCGAGCAGAACUAGCUCGCGCGCGGAUCAUUGUUUUACUCGCGGUGUUGAAAUUUGGGCGCGUGAAAGUGGCUGUGCUCGCGCAGUGAAUAUCUGCGCGCGUGGUUGCUUUUUUUACUCGCGCAGUGAAUAUCUGCUCGCGCUGAUUUUAGGCAUUAAAUUGACGCCAUGAAAAUCGCGUAAUGCUAUCAAAGGUGGACCGGAAUUCUAGAAUCAGGAGCUGCAUCGAGAGCCAACUUCAGGGUUGUUGUCAAAACCAUCGGUCGAAACAAACAUUGACGUGGCCUACCGAAACGGCUGGGCAGUUGGCGAGAAUAAGUUUUGUGUAGUUUGAUCGUUACUGGGCUGGUUUCUCUCCCACCUAAGUGAAAAUGGCACGGAAAUCUGCUGGAAAUAUACCCCUGAGCGCGAUGAACCCCAAAUAUUUACAUACAAAUUGUACCAGCCACACCUGGGCUUUUGGGGCCUUUGCUGAGCUCAUUGACAAUGCCUACGACCCGGACGUCAAUGCCAAGCAUCUAUGGAUCGACUCGACUCGAAUAAAGGACAAGGAAUGUCUGAUAAUCAUGGAUGAUGGGACUGGGCUGGACUAUAACAAAAUGUUCAAGAUGUUGAGUUUCGGCUACAGUGACAAGAAGACAAUUCGGGGUCAUGCCCCUGUGGGUCUCUAUGGAAACGGGUUCAAGUCAGGCUCCAUGCGUCUAGGGAAGGACGUCGUCGUCUUUUCCAAAACCAAGGACAUGAUGAGCGUGGGCCUCCUGUCCCAGACGUACCUGGCAGCCAUUCGGGCUGAGAAUAUUGUGGUGCCAAUUGUCACUAUCAAACAAGAUGGAGAAGACAAGAUCAGUGUUGAGCCUGGCCAUGAAGACAGCCUGGAAGCCAUUUUGAAACACUCCCUGUUUAAAACAGAGAAGGAGCUACUCCAGGAGCUGCAGGCCAUCAAUACCAUGCCCCCCACGGUCUCCACGGGAACCAGGAUCAUCAUAUGGAAUCUGCGCAGCUCCAAAGAUGGGCAGACGGAGUUUGAUUUCAAAACGGAUCGGUACGACAUUCGGAUCCCAUGUAUGGACUCGGGUGAUGUUAACAAUCCCAGCAAGAACACAGAACCAGAGAGCAGGUACUCCCUGCAAGCGUACUGCAGCAUUCUGUACCUGAAGCCCCGAAUGCAGAUCAUCAUCAGGGGACGGAAGGUGCGGACUCAGCUGGUCUCCAAGAGUCUGGCCCACACCCUCAAGGACCGAUACACGCCAAAAUUUCUGAGGAGGCCUAUCCCCAUAACUUUUGGGUACAGCACCAAAGACAGUGGGCAUUACGGCAUAAUGAUAUACAACAAAAACCGACUGAUACGAGCGUACGAGCGAGUUGGCUGCCAGCGCAAGGCCAUCCCAAAGGGUGUGGGAAUAAUCGGCAUUAUAGAGUGCAACUUCCUCAAUCCAACACACAACAAACAGGAUUUUGAUGACACAGAGGAGUACAGGAAAGUAAAACAUAACCUGGGGGAGAAGCUGGAGGAAUAUUGGAACCAAAUGCACCAUUUAAAACAGAAAAAGGAUCCCAGCUGCAACUUGGCAAUAGAGGACAUGGAGAAAUCUCCGGAUCAGAACUGGGCCCAGUGUGACUUAUGCCAGAGAUGGAGGAAGCUGCCAGAUGGAAUAGAUGCCAGCAAGCUGCCUGACAAGUGGUUCUGCUACUUGAACCCAGACCCCCAGUACAGGACCUGCCAAGCAGAGGAAGAGCUGGAGGACUCUGAGGAUGAGCAACCAUACCAAAAGACCUAUAAACAGAAGAAGAAACGGCAGAAUGCAGAAGAUGCCGUACCAUCACCGAGCACUUCGACUACACCCUCAACACGCAGUGGUACAAGCCGGUAUCACAGUGGUACAACAUCAGGAGGCAAUGUGACCCACUUCACCCCUCCCACCUCCACUCCUCUCAAUAGUUCUGGCCGCAGGCCCUCUGCACAAAGCACACCUCGCAGCUCUUCCACGUGGUCCACACCCACACACCCAAGGAGCAAAAGGCUGCUGUCGUUGACCCCAGAGAGUGAGCCGGUAAAAAGGGCAAGGGUGCAAGGUCACGGCAUAUCAUCAGCAGCUGGCACGGAGUUGCUCCCACUGGUGACACAGGCCACCCCAGAUGCCGUCCUACUUGUGGAGGAAUCCGGAGCGCCAGUGGCACCGUGUGAUCUUGCUAUGAUGAAGACAAAGCUCAGGGCCAGCGGAGGGGGCAUCAACCUACAACUCAGUGAUGGAGCCCUCGCAGAGGAGUCCAUGGAAAGCAACACCACAGCAACAGCCGCCUUCGCUCCAUCAGCGGUGCGUCAGCAGGUGUCUGUCGAGACCCAAACUGAAGGAGUGGCCAAGGUGAAGGAGGAGGAAGAGGAGGAGAGGACAUGGAGCUUGAGAGAGGAUGUGCCCAAGAGUUCAGAGCAGAUGCAGCUCCUGGAGAGAGAGGCCAGGGAGCUCAUGGAUUCCAGCGGGGGAAUGCACCCCCUCCUGGAUAUGCAGCAAGACGGGCUGUUGGAGCAGUGGGAGAUAGCCAGUAAGGAGAGAGACCAGUACAAGGAGCAGAUGGUGACAGCCAAUCAGGAAAGAGACCAGUACAGGGACCAGGUGGAGACAGCCAAUAAAGAGAGAGACCAGUACAGGGACCAGGUGGAGACAGCCAAUAAAGAGAGAGACCAGUACAAGGAGCAGAUGGUGACAGCCAAUCAGGAGAGAGACCAGUACAGGGACCAGGUGGAGACAGCCAAUAAAGAGAGAGACCAGUACAGGGAGCAGGUGGAGACAGCCAAUCAUAAGAGAGACCAGUACAGGGACCAGGUGGAGAUAGCCAAUAAAGAGAGAGACCAGUACAAGGAGCAGAUGGUGACAGCCAAUCAGGAGAGAGACCAGUACAGGGACCAGGUGGAGACAGCCAAUAAAGAGAGAGACCACUACAGGGAGCAGAUGGUGACAGCCAAUCAGGAGAGAGACCAGUACAGGGACCAGGUGGAUACAGCCAAUAAAGAGAGAGACCAGUACAGGGAGCAGAUGGUGACAGCCAAUCAGGAGAGAGACCAGGACAUGGACCAAAUGGUGACAGCCAGUCAGGAGAGAGACCAGUACAGAGACCAGAUGGAGACAGCCAAUCAGGAGAGAGAUCAGUACAGGGACCAAAUGGUGACAGCCAAUCAGGAGAGAGACCGGUACAGAGACCAGAUGGAGACAGCCAAUCAGGAGAGAGACCAGUACAGGGACCAAAUGGUGACAGCCAAUCAGGAGAGAGACCGAUACAGAGACCAGAUGGAGACUGCAAAACAAGAGAAAGACCAGUACAUGGCGCAGGUAGACGAGCUGAUGCAGGAGCUUCAGAAAAUGAGGACGAGCAGCGUGAAGCAGGAGCCAUGUGACCAGGCCUUCGGGGGAGAAGAUGACCUGGCCCUGCAGAUAGACUCCAUCCUUACAGAUCUGGACUGCUGCAAUAAGGAGAGGGACCAACUGAAGAGCAAGCUGGAGAGUUUGGAGGCAGAGAGAGGAGCUGUCUUUUCUCAGUGCGAGCAGCUGAAGAAAGAGCUGCAUGAUCUGAGGGAGGCUGGGAGCAGGGCCCUCAGUCCCAGCUGUGAAAAGACUGGGAACAGUCCCAGCAGGCCUGGAUCAACAGGGGCUGAGAGGCUGAAGAACCUGCGACUCAGUGUGAGCCGUCUCCUGGUGAUCCUCAUACCAGAUCUGGACCUGGAACAGGUAAACUAUGAAAGUGGUGUCAUCGAAGAGAUCCUGGAACAGUACAUUGAUGGUGUCACUUAUUCUGAAGCCACAUAGAUGUGCCAACCCACAUUUUUUGGAGAGGUCUCUGUCACUCCGGAUCCUUACCACCACAGGGAGCUGGCCAGGAGUGACCACCUACAUCGCAUCUUUAAACAUUUUGAUUAAUUUUUGUUAAGUGCCUUUCUUUACAAUGUUAAAUAUGUAACUUUAUUUUCAUACAUCCUGUACUCUUUGUUUACUGUAUUGUACUGUGUCUUUUAUAAUUGUGCAAGAGCAUGUAAUCUCCAGCUUUAACUGUUUAGUAUAACAAUUAUUUCUAAAUUUUAUCUUUUAUCUUGCAAAUCAUGUUGCUUAACUGAAAACAUUCCUCAGUUAUGCCUCCUUUUCUUUUCUUUUUUUAAAUUUGGCACCCAACUUUGGACUGAACAUGUCUAAUUCCCACCCUACUUUGUAAUGUCCAGUCAUCUGCUACUGCAGCCACGUUCAUGCAUGAUCCCCACUGCAGAUUUGGGAGAGCGUAGACACACGCAUGUUGAAACAUGCAGUGUCACCAGCUGCUUCUUUUCACAUCACACACUACAGCUAAGAGUGCGUAGAGUGAAGUUGGAAGAAGACCUUUCAUAUGCGGCUUUGACGUGCAGGUUGUGGACACCUGAUUGACCAGCAGGGGUCACUAGAUAGCAAUGAAACUAAGGCCCCUGACUGGAAGAACCUGGAUGAUGCAAUUGGCAGUUUUUAUGUUGCCCUAUGGUGCUGCCAGCUACAGUUGACAGACUCGACACUGGCAUGGUCCUGAUUCGGUCAGAGUCCUUGGGGCUCAUCCAUGGACUACGCGUAGUGGUGCCUUAACUGAAUGAGCCACCCAGCAGCCUCCUAUGCCUCAAUUUCUGAAAGAUAUAUUUUGUUAUAGUUGAUAUUGUGGUGCAAAGUAGCAUUAAUAUCUUCUGCAGGUAGUUUUAAGACUUGUGUAAAAUCAGUUCUUUCAAGGGUCGUAUAAUACCUGUCAGCCAUGUAUACUAGUUAAUAUGCUAACAUUCUGUCCAUGUCAAAUAUAUAGUUAUACUGUAUAUAUAAGGAUAUAUGAUAUCUUGAACAACCUUGUCAAUGCCAAAACCUUCCCACACACUUACACAUGUUGUGUUAAGUGUUAUGGGCAAAAAAAAUGUGUCAAUGGUGGAACAAGGAGCAAUACAGUUAAUCCACUGAGCUAGACCAAGGUCCCAAGCCAAGGGAAUUAAUCAUUAUUUUAUCAAAGCUUCCGGGGGUGACAUCACAUUCUGUAGGAAACUUCACAAUUCAAAACUCAAUUACAGAAGGAACUGCACAGUUUGAUGCUGUUUGUGCUUAUUAUGUUGUGGUUCUGUCUAUUUUAAUUAAUUUAUUUUGUUGCUUUUUAUUUUUUAAAUCUUUAUUCAAAAGAUUUUUAUUUUGGUACCCAACGUGAGGCUGAGCAUGUACAGUUCCCACCAUGAUUUGGAAUGCCCUACUGUCUGCAACCGCACUCAUUCAUGCUCUGUCCCAACUGCCAAAACAGGAGAGUAAAGACUACUGUGGUUCUCCUCCAAA